AUGGACGACGAAAAGGGAAUCCAUAAAACAGUCAAAAAGAGAAAGGUAUUAUUAUUCAGCCAAUUAGAGGACGCGCCGCAAGUGGCAAAACUCGUAUCAUUGCCUUUCCCAGAUGAACCCAAGCACAGAAAGCGGAAAAGGAGAGGCCAUAGGCGGAAAUUUGGGUGUGUUGAAGUCCCUAAAGACCGAGCGGAAGCAAAUGAGAAUUGGCCCUCUCAGAGCUCGAAAUCCUUCAACAUAUGCCCGCCUUUGUCAAUGAGAGGAGAAGAACCCAACCAGCAUAGCCGACU